AUGACAUCCUCUGCCAACGCUCCAAGACUGCAAGGCCAAGUGGCCAUUGUGACAGGAGGAGUAAGUGGGUUUGGAAAAGCAGUUGUUGAUACAUUCAUUGAACAAGGUGCAAAAGUAUUGGUGAUGGAUUUGAAUGCGAAUGAAGGUGGUGGUGGUCUGAAAGAUCAUGAUGAAACCGUUGGACAACAACUUAAAGCAAACGUUUGUUCAGCUCAAGAUUGGAAAACGGCAGUAGAGAUCUGUCAAUCUAAAUUCGGUCAAACGCCAACGAUUUGCGUGAACAAUGCAGGUUGGACGUAUUCAAACAAAUCAACAUUGACAGUCACUGAAGAAGAAUUCGAUAAAGUGUUCAACGUCAAUGCAAAAUCAUUCUAUGUGAGCGUAAACACUCUUGUACCUAUCAUGCAAAAAGCAGGAAAAGGUGGAUCAUUCAUUCAAGUUGCAUCAACGGCAGGUGUGCGACCAAGACCGAAUUUAACAUGGUACAAUGCCUCAAAAGCAGCCGUAAUCGCAGCAAAUAAAUCAAUGGCACUCGAAUUUGCAAAAGACAAAAUUCGAUUCAAUUGUGUCAAUCCAGUAGCAGGCGUUACACCAAUGUUAAGUCUGUUUGCAGGUGCUGCAAAAGUAGGAGAUGCUUUAACUGAUGCUCAACUUAAACAAUUCAACGAUAGCGUUCCUUUGGGUCGUCUAAGUAUGCCUGCAGAUGUUGCAAAUGCAGUCCUAUUCUUUGCUGAUCCAAAGUCGGAGUUCCUUACCGGAUUGGAUCUCAACGUGGAUGGUGGCAGAUGUGUGUAA